CACUGCUUCUCAUACAGCGAAUGGGCCGAGAAACAAGAUCAUAUCUGGUCCAGCGUUAUCUUUGGCAUGAGAGAGGGAGAUUAGUAGCCUUUGUUGCAUUUGUGAUGCAUUGAAAAGGGUGCCUUCUUUAUGGACGAUUGAUUGCAAUAUAUAUAUAUGCAAAGUAAGGAAGACAUCACACGUGCGGGAGUUAGUUAGCGAGCUGAUCUUCCCCAGCGGGUAGUUGACUGCCCUGCUCUUUCCAUCUCUUCACUCUACUACCCAAGCCCGACUGAAGACAUAAGAGCUCUACUCUGUGCCGAGAGCUCUAAGCCCCGUCACACUACUCAGGUUGGAAGAGCCAUAACCCAGCCAGUGAAGGGGUCAUCAUAAUCAUCAUGACUCAGAGUCCCGUCCAUGGCUGCUCGGACUGUGUGGCCCAGCUGACAGUCUUCCUCUCCCUUGCCCUGCUGCUGUGUCCCCUGGGGAGAGCACUCGGCGAAGACCAGGCUUCUCCGACCCAGGUGCUGCAGGGCCUGUUGGAGCGAUAUGGGGACAAUGCCACCAUCUCUGUCCCCCAGCUCCGCUCUUUGUUGGCACGACUCGGUGCACCCGGCCUGGGGGACAACGGCACCGCAGCAGAGGCGACAGCUCCACCGGCGCCGCCCAGAGUCAACCUGUCCAAAUGCUUACCAGGAGACACCUUGGCAGUUUACAGCAUGAACGAGCAGUCUCGUCUGGAUGGGCGUGGUCUACAGGAGCUCUGCCCCACCAUGCUUCAGCAAUUGGACUCUGGCGCCUGUGGGGUGGAGAAAAAGGAGGAGCUUAUCAUAGACCCGCCUUCCAAACCCACUGCUGCUGAAGUUUGGGGCUAUGGCUUCCUGUGUGUGACCUUCAUUUCUCUGUGUUCGCUGGUUGGGGCCAGUGUGGUCCCCUUCAUGAGGAAAACCUUUUACAAGCGUCUGCUGCUCUACUUCAUAGCCCUGGCCAUUGGCACCCUCUACUCCAACGCCCUGUUUCAGCUCAUCCCAGAGGCAUUUGGUUUUAACCCUAUGGUGGAUAACUAUGUGUCUAAGUCCACGGUGGUGUUUGGAGGGUUCUACCUCUUCUUCUUCACUGAGAAGGUCCUCAAGAUGCUGCUCAAACCCAAGGAUAAGGGCCAUGAACACAGCCAUUUCCCAGCCAACGGAGACAUGGAAGAGGGCGUGACAGAGAAGCUGCAGCAGAGUGGAGAGGCGGGGCUUAACCUGCCCAAAGUGGACGGAGGAGAGGGGGACCGCAUGCUCACCCCUGCACUGACACCACCGGACUCUCAGAGCCUGGGUGGAGGGAACAGCAGAGGAGGCUGCUAUUGGCUGAAGGGUACAGCAUACUCUGACAUCGGCACUCUGGCCUGGAUGAUCACGUUGAGCGACGGGCUCCAUAACUUCAUCGACGGCCUGGCCAUCGGAGCCUCCUUCACUGCCUCGACCUUCCAGGGCAUCAGCACCUCCGUGGCUAUACUCUGUGAGGAGUUUCCCCAUGAACUGGGAGACUUUGUGAUCUUGUUGAAUGCUGGGAUGAGCAUCCAGCAGGCUCUGUUCUUUAACUUCCUGUCUGCCUGCUGCUGCUACCUGGGCAUGGGUUUUGGCAUCCUGGCAGGAAACAGCUUCUCACCUCAAUGGAUCUUUGCCCUGGCAGGGGGCAUGUUCCUCUACAUCGCCCUGGCAGACAUGUUCCCGGAGAUGAACGAGGUGAGUCGUGAGGAGGAGGAGGCGGGGGGAAGCAGCUUCCUUGUGACCUUCAUCAUCCAGAACGCGGGCCUCCUAACCGGCUUUGCCAUCAUGCUGCUACUGACCACCUACUCUGGAGCCAUCACUAUAGACUAGCAUUAUUAUUCACACAACUACACCCUGUCGGUUUUAACCAGAUCCAACCGCUUUCAACUGUAAUGAUUCCUUUUGGAGCUGAAUGGAAAUGCCCGCCCCUCCCUCCCCAGGCUCCCUCUCAGGCCCCAUUUGGCCCCCGAUUCUCCCUCAGGACCCGGGGCUUCGGUACUAGUGCGGCAGGAACGUACCCUAUAAGACUUAAGCAGUUCCCAAAUGCAGUAGCUACUAGUACACUGGCAGGGGAACAGGCCUCCCUCAUCUCUCUUGGGCCUUCUCUGACCCCCCUAGUAUACUGGCAGGGGAACAGGCCUCCCUCAUCUCUCUUGGGCCUUCUCUGACCCCCCUAGUACAGUGACAGGGGUACCACCCUCCCUAAUCUCUCUUGGGCAUUCUCUGACCCCCCUAGUACACUGACAGGGGUACCACCCUCCCUCAUCUCUCUUGGGCCUUCUCUGACCCCCCUAGUACACUGACAGGGGUACCACCCUCCAUCUAUCUCUCUUGGGCCUUCUCUGACCCCCCUAGUACACUGGCAGGGGUACCACCCUCCCUCAUCUCUCUUGGGCCUUCUCUGACCAGCCCCCCCUUGCCAGCUAGGUGACUAGCCUAGAGAUCCCUUUCCCCUCUGUUCUAUGCCACCUGCAGGGACAGGAACGGGUCAUAGGCAGGGGGUAGGAUCACCAUAUUAUCUCCUAUGCUGAUGACCAACAGACAUGCAAUAUCUACAAACCAUUUAUACAAACACAGUUCAUAUAUAAACCAUAACUAGGUAUAAAAUAAAGUUAUUUAAUCAAACACUUCCUUGUUCCCCAGACUACUGAGAGACCAUUCCGGCUCUACAAAGACUCUUGCUGUUGUCAUGGAGAUCAUUCUGUCAUUGGUUAGUUUGGACAUGCAUGAUGAGCGUCGAGUUGGACAUUUUGAGCAACCAGGGGUGUAUUCAUUACGGAAACCGUUUGAGAACCAAACAGUAGCAAACAGAGCAAAUGGAACGAAAUGGUAAGGAACCUACCAGAAUUUGUCCAAUAGAAACGGUUGUUUGGUUUCUGUUGCAAAACAUUUUGCAACAGAAUCAGCGUAAUGAUUACACCCCAGGGUCCAGUGACUUGGAAAUAGUGUAUUUAUGUUACCCAUAUGCCUCUGAGUGCCCAGGGGCCAAACUACGGUGGCCUGCGCAGCACAAUCAGGUAAUAGCAGUUGUAUUGUAGACAUCCUUGGACCUUUUUUUCAUUGUCAGAGUGCAAACCCUUUUUUCAAUACAUACCAAAAAGAAAGUGUUCCAUAUAUAUAUAUAUAUGACACACAGAUCAACUGGAAAGUUGAGCAGGCCGACGUGGUGAAGAAGAAAACCUUUCCCCAACACAGGACUGAUGUGUCUGUUAUGUUUUACUUCAGGAGGAACCAGACAAAUGCAACACUUGUGAAUUGUAACAACAAAAUGUGGACAGACAGACCGUUUAUGAUGGACUCCAUUGGGACUUGUGUUUCCUCCAGAGUGUGACAAGCGUGAAGAACAAGAACCUUCUGAUUUGUAGCUUUCUGUCCUGGUUUCCUCGGUUGACAUUGUUCUCUACUAAGACCUCAGCAAAUAGCUCCCUAUUAUAGUACACUUCCGAAAAUAAGGUUUUCUGUCGGGAAUAGAGUGCCAUUUUGGACAAAGCCUAUGUUUGAUGGAUGGACGGACUAUGGUGGCACCCGAAGCCACAGUCUAUUUCUCCCAAUCAGUUUCCCCAUCUAGCUAACCAUCUGUGACCUUCAUAUGUCGUUGACCUGCUUUUUCCAAGACUCUAAUCUCUAUAAAUGCAAUCCUCCAUUCCUUAUCCAUACCGUUGUCAUUUUGAGAUAACGCCUAUUGUUGUAUUAUUUGUAUGUAAUGAAUGAAUGUUUGGAAUCAAAGACCGUACCCAGAAUCCUAGUCACACUUAAAGGAGGAGUUCACUAUUUUACAAGAUAAUGUUGAGAUGGUUCCUCACCCUGAACAUAGUCAAUGGGCCAGGAGAAACUGUAAUCCAUGGUUCAGUUUUCUUUAAACAGCCACAACAAACUUCAGCUUUUGCCCCAUCGCUAGCUAAAAAUCUAUGGAAGUGAUGGGCAGCUUUUAAAAAGUAAAAUGUCCAAAUCGCCCAAAAUCAAUUCUAUAUUUUGUUUGUUGUAACUUUAAAGUGAUUUGGCCUUUAAAAAGAAAAAAACAUGCUCACAGCCCCAAUCACUUCCAUAGAUGUUUAGCUAGCGGUGGCCAAAGUUGGUAAUGGCUGUUUAAUGAAAACCAAAUUUUUUAUUUCACUAGGCAAGUCAGUUAAGAACAAAUUAUUGGGCCUCCCGAGUGGCGCAAGACACUGCAUCGCUGUGCCACUAGAGAUUCUGGGUUCGAGGCCAGGCUCUGUCGCAGCCGGCCGCGUCAGGGAGACCCAUGGUGCUGGGGCGUCCUUGUCCCGUCGCGCACUAGCGACCCCUGUGGCGGGCCGGGCACAGUGCACCUUGACACAUUAAUGCGGCUGGCUUCCUCGCAUUGUGUCAAGAAGCAGUGCAGGUUGUGUUGGGAGAGGCGGUCAAGAGCCGUGCGUUCUCCGAAACACAACCAAGCCGCCCUGCUUCUUGACAACAAUGCCCAUUUAACGAGGAAGCCAGCCGCAUCAAUGUGUCGGAGAAAACAGUGUCAGGGUGCACUCUGCGCCAUAGACUACUUUCAGGGUGAGGAACCAUCUUAACAUAAAGUUGUAAAAUAGUGAACUACUCAAUUUUUAAGAUGUUUUUGUCCUUAUCCAACAACCUAUAGAAACCAUCUCACUCCUUCAGUGAUGUGAGGGUGUCAUUCAUGCAGCAAUGCCCAAACCACAUGGUUGAAUCUGUAAGGCUUGCCAUGUUUUCGCCUGUAAUGAAUAUUCAGCUUCUACAAUGUCAAUGGUUGAUUAGAUCAGUGAGUUAUGAAGUACGUAUUAUAAUAUAAUGCAUAUUAUAUUAGUGCUGUGGUCAUGACAGUGCUAUAGGGUUAUAUAACAGUUGAUACGAAGACAAGUUAUAAGUUAACAGUUGUUAUAGCUUUGCCACCAGGGACCGGUGUGGUAGUAACAAAAAUGUGCUGUGACAUGAGGUCAACAAAACUGUAAGACCAUGAUGAUGCAGGACGAGUAGGCUUCCUCAGUCUCCACAGAAUUUAAGGUUGUUUAUGAUUUGGAGAGAAUGAAUUGUACCAUUAAGCAGAUGCAAGUGUGUGUAAUAUUAUAAGUGACCCCUAGAGGGAGACACUGCCUCUGAAAUGAAUCAGCAUAAAGCAGUGGAGAAUAUUUCCCCUCCUUCAUUGAAUAUUUGCUCAAGAGCUGUACUAUUGUUGCUAUGCAUUGACUUCAAUGUCGGUCUACAAUUUAUCUUGUUUUUAUUGGCAUAGAACAGAUAAAAAUCCUAAAGAUUAGGUGAACAAUUGCUCUUUCCCUUUUCUGAGUUAAUCAAUAUGAAAUAAACCAUCUCAUGAAUUGUACAAUGGCAACCGUAAUGUAUUGGAACGUUUUGAAACGGUUAGUUGUAUGGAUAAUCGGCGUUAUUGUUUAAGCCAUAAUGUUUUGAAAUGCAUUUUACAUUUUAAGUUUAUGCACAUUACACACUUCUUUUGUUUUUAGAAAUACAAGCCAUGUGAAACUAGACAAUGCUGCACUAUUUUUGUUGUAUUUAUUCAUUUUCUUCUUAGCGAUCAUUUUACAUUUUUGCACAUGUAAAACAGAUUUGUUAGUCAUAUGGAUACAUCAAUACAACACGUAUGAAAUCAGAGUACAUACACAGUCAACACACAUUUCCACCUCUACGUCUUUAGUCUCCAUUUCGACAAGUCCAUACCUCCAUGCAGGAUUUUGCUGUCUGAAACACUUAAUUGUGUGACUAACCCGGGUUGGUGUCAAUUCAGAAAGUAAACCAAAUUCCAAUUCCGAAUGUUGUUAAUUGAGAAUUUGAUUUGGAAUUUCGGUGUACUUCCUGAAUUCAAAUGGAAUUGACCCCAACUCUGAUUCAAACUGACUUUGGACUUUUUAAAGAAGUUAUUUAUUGGUGACGUCAAGAUGUCAGACUCCUGUGAAUAGUGGUGUCAAGGAAGUGUUGUACUUUUUGCAGUGUGUUGUGGGAGCUGGGAACAUGUAUUUUUUUUAUAUAAACAAUUUUCCUAAAUUAA